GCGCCUGAACCGCGCGGAAGGGCUGCGCUCUCCGAGUAGGGGCGGGAAGCAAUGCUUUUGGCGAGCCGGCAGGCACAGAGACCGCAAACAGGCUCGGGCGCUCGGCGCCACCGGGGUGGGAUCAGGUAAUGGAAUCCAGAUCCCCAGAGAAAAGCCACCCGCUUUCAGAGACGACGAGGAAAAGCCUGUGCUGCUGCCGCCGUUCCAGUCACUGCUGCUUCUGCUGGCGUUGUUGUACAUGGAACCGGAUGGCAAGGAAGAGACGGCGAGACGGCAUAGGAUGUAAAGUAUCCAGCAUUUCCCACCUGGAGAGCCCCUUAAACCUGGAGGAGAGGCUCACAGCAGAAGAAACCACCUCUUGGCAACGAUCCUUUGACUGCAUGUUGGCCAGACCGUCUGGCCGCCAUAUCUUCAUGGAGUUCUUGAAGACAGAGCACAGUGACGAGAACAUGUCCUUCUGGCUCGCCUGCGAGGACCUCAAAAAGGAGCAGAACCCAGAGCUGAUCUCAGAGAAAGCAAAGAAGAUCUACCUAGAUUACAUCUCCAUCCUCUCUCCAAAAGAGGUCAGCAUCGAUGCUGCAGUGCGCGAGACCAUCAACAACUCCCUCCUGUCCCCCAGCGCUCACAUGUUUGAUGAGGCCCAAGCUCAAGUUUACGCUCUCAUGCACCGGGACUCCUACCCCAGGUUUUUGAAGUCGGCUCUCUACAGAUCGCUGGAGCAGAAACUGACGGUGCCGGCUGGCGACACGAAUAAAGAAAAGAGUGGCACGCGCCUCUGAAUGCAAAUGGCGGAAAUGCUUCUGUUUUGGUUCCAAUGCACCUCGUAGCCUCUCGGUUUCCGCUGCAGACUUGGAGCAGAGUCGCCGUUAGCUACACGAUGGAUCGUCCACCCAACAGAAGGUCAUCGCAUUUGGAAAGGACAUCAGAGAUCAUCUAGCACAGCCCCCUGCCAGUGCAAGAAAUCCUUCGCUGUAACCAGUGGCUGGUGUCCAUUGGGACUGGAGGGGCAGAAGGCAGGGAGCCCAAACAGUACAUAGAGCCAGAGCUAGGCGUAGGCAGACCCAACUGAUCCUAGUUUUGUCCCCAUCCUCCGCCCUGCUGAGUUGUACAAGGGAACCACUGAGACCAAGGAGGAGGAAGCGGACAGGCAGGGCCACUCCCAGGACUGGAUUUAAGUAGGAAGGCAAGCAGGCAGGUGGGGGCUGGCUGAAAGCAGCCUGAGGUUGAUGGGGCAGUGGCCCACUUGUCCUAGUGGCUCAGCCGCCAUUGGCUACAACAUGCCCGAUAGGUGGGCAUCCAGCCUCUGCUUAAGCCCCUCUAACAAAGGAGAGUUCAGGACAAUCUGUCAAACAGCUUGUAGCAUCAAGUCCUUCUGAAUGUUUAGUCAGAAAUCCCCUUUCUUGGAAUUUGAAUGUGUUGGAUCCGAUCUUAUUCUCUGGAACAACAAAGAACAAAUUUGCUCCAUGAUCUGUGGCAGAGGUACGGAAUCUCAGGCCCAGGGGCCAACUGUGGCUCUCGGGGCCUUUCUGUUUGGCUCUCAGGACUCUCUCAAGGCCACUCCCUCUCCCAGAGGCCACACCCUUCUCAAGUGCUUUUGCCUGGCUAGAAUGUGGCCUUGAACUGUGAUAAUGCCUCUUACUGGGGAUGGAUGGAUGGAUCUGCAGAAACCGCUGCUGUUUGUAUGGCUGCAAUGUAACAAAGGUAAGAGUCAGAUCCACUUUUGCAGCUGGCCCCUCCCACCACCGGUUGGGUGGCCCUCAAGCCCAAAAAGAUUCCCUAGCUUUUAUUUAUGCGACAGCCUUCCAAAUAUUUGAAGAGGGCUAUCCUAUCAUCUCUUAACUGUAUCUCCUCCAAGGGAAACAUUUUAUUUGUUUAUUUAACAAAAUUUAUGUACCAUUUGAUUGUAACGAAAUGUCUAAGCCCUUUACAGGAAAUAUUAGAAUUAUCAACAAAAACGG